GGACAAUAGAAAGCUACAGACAGUGUUAGGAGCAGAUCAGAUCAGCUCAGAAGGUACUGGAUAGACACAGCAAAAGUUUCUAUUAUGCAUGCUGACGGUGAAUCCCCACCACCUUUCUAUGAGGCCAUACCAGCUACUGGUUCAUCAGCUGUUCACAAUAUGAAUACACCAGUACCAAACUCUUUCCAGAAUGUCAUGGUACCACCGCCUCCAUAUAGUGUCUCUGCCGAAACGAAGGCCUGGAAUUUUCCUCCUCCUACGGUACCACAGUGGGGUUUUGUUACAAACAUGCCGCAAUGUACAGAUUCAUCAUCCCCUUUUUACAGAACAUUUCUGGCAUCCAGGCCAAAAGCUCUGGGGACUGUGCUGAUUGUUUCAGGCAUUUUGCAGAUUGCUCUAGGAAUUGGGCUGAUUUAUACCAUAGAUAUUAUUUAUAAUUCAAGUGGCAUCUCCUUCUGGGGCUCAGUGUUUUACAUAAUUGCAGGAGCUUUGACAGUUGCAGCUCAGCGUAAACCCAGCAUUGGCUUGGUGAAAGGAUCACUCUCGUUGAACAUAAUUAGCACAAUUAUGAGCUUUAUUGCCUUUGUCCUAAACUGCAUUGAUCUAGCAAUUAUUUACUGUCCUAUCGGCUACUAUCAUGACCAUGGCUAUCAUAGAAGAUGCCAACAGCAACUCACUGCUGGAUAUGUUGUUCUCUCUUUUCUUCUUGUGGUAAAUCUGCUGGUGAUCUUUGUGUCCCUUUCCGUCUCCAUUUUUGGAUGUCGUUCUGUAUCACAAGUGCCUCCAAAUGUUCCACAGGUGUUCUUAAUACAGAAUGAUGUUAUGGUUUCUAUGAACCCUUUUACAACAUUUCCAGCAAUUCCUCCACCUGCACCACCACCACCGCGAUAUACUGCUGAAGAGGUCAUACCUAACCCAAUGAGAUAAUUGUGUUACGUGAGCCUAUCACCUGCACACAGGGAAGGUGGAUUCUGUGACCCGAGACAAUGCUGUAUACAACAAUGUAGCCUACUAGCUCGCAUAUACAAAAACGAUGUAUUAGAACAUGAAAAAGCUUUACAGAAAUGACGCAUUCAUGGCCCGAUUUCUGAGGCAAUAUUUUCAGUUGUACAUAUCUUACGAUACUGUACAGACUUGUGCCACCGUCAUCAUCAUCAUCAUCAUCGUAAUCAUCAUCAUCAUCAACUAUGAAACUUGUUACAGGACUAUAGGGCAAGCAAGGAUGCACCUCUAAACUGGUGUCUGUCAAACAUACUUGUAAUGUUCAUCAAAACAGAGCUAAAGUGAGAAUUGACCUGAGUCUCCUCACCCCUACUGUACUGAACUUAUAUGUUAAAGUUUCUGUCCCAUCUCUCCAAGUUAAAGUACUGUAGACACAAGUAUAUGAUAUGUUUAACUCCAAAAACAGAUCCAAAGUGAUGCACGUGGGUAGUGCUAUACAUUUUAUGCCAGUUGCAAUAUUUACAUGCUACAACACUAUGUCUUAGGGUGCCCACACACGCAGGGGUGUAGAGACAGGCGGGGCCCCAGUAAUGUAAUGGGGGCAUGCAGGGCCGGAUCCAGCUAGGGGCAAAAGGGGCGGUUGUCCUGGGUCCCCCACACUCUCCCCCUCCUUUGUGCCCACCGCCGCUCCUCCUGCAGUGCGCUCGCCACCGCUCCCCCUGUAUAGCACCUGUCGCGGCUCACUUUGCAUUGCGACCACCCAUGAUUCAGCUGUGUCUCCGAUUUCCUCUGUGGUACACGGCUGCAGCCGCCGGCCAGCUCCGCCUGCCGAGCUGCAUCUGAGACAUCAGAGUGACUCUCGUGGGAUUUCGCUCACCGCAGCGGCCGCUGGGAAUGGGAUUUCUAUGUGCUGUCCAGGAGUUGAAAGUGAGGCCGUGGCGCCAUUUUACUGUCAGCUCCUUCCUCAGCUGCUCCGGGUCUCUGUUUCAGUGUCUGGUUCUGGAGCUGUUUUUUUUUUGUUUAGUGUGGCACGGACCCCCCACCGCUUCCCCCUGUGGUGCAGCAGCAUUAAGGUGCUUGGGCUGCACUUGAAUGUUAUUCAAUUCCACAUUAUUAAAUAUAUAUAUAUAUAUAUAUAUAUAUAUAUAUAUACUAUCAUAGUAUAGAAAAUAGCACUGUGUCUGGCUGCAGCACACAGCAGCCAGACACAGUGCUGUGUUUGUAUACUAUAUAGUAUGUAAUAUAACAUCGCCAUUAUAUAACUUUUAUUGAUAGGGGCCCCCACAAGUUUGUUUUCCAGGGCCCCCACAGACCUUAAUCCGGUCCUGGGGGCAUGGUAUAAAUAGGGGGCAUGUCCAUACCCUCCAACAUUUUACACAGAAAAAUCGGUACAAAUCCCAAAAGGGGGCGUGGCUACUGGUAAAGGGGCGUGGCCAAGCCCCUUUUCCUAUACUUUCAAUAGAAGUUUGGAGAGCCAAAAAUAGGUACAGACAAUGAAAAAAAAGGUACUGUACCUAUUAAAAAGGUACAGUUGGAGGGUAUGCAUGUCUACUCUCCUGAAAUAAAGAUUUAAUUCAAAUAUUUAUUGUGGUGCCGAGAAGCAGCCCCGCCAGCUCCACAGGGGGCACCAUUUAUUCAAGGGAAGGUGGUGGUGGUGGGGGAAUUAGGUAGGGCACAGGGGAAGGCAUCCGUUUUCUAUCUUGCUUGAUUGGAAACUGGUCCCUCCUCCUCGGACGGCGGCGUCAUCUUUCCAGUGACACCUGUGAAGAUGGCACAUGUGUACUAGAGAGCAAAGUCUCUGGCACAGUGCCAGAGACUUUGCUUUUAAUGUGCGGCAGCCAUCUUCCCAAAGUUGUCACCGGGAAGAUGGCGCCAACCAGCACAAGCCAGGAGUAAGUAUAUUCGGGGAGAGAACACGGAAUGAUGUGUACUCCCACGACAUAACGUUAGAAACGGGACCCGGCGGGGAAGCGGGCCAUGCUUUCGGCAGCAUCACAUCGUUAGCCAUUUCCUGAGAUCUUUCAGCAUGUUGAAGAGAUCUGAGGAGGCGACAAACGACCCACUGGUACGCACUUCGCAUCGUUUACAUGCCCACACAUGGACCAUUUUUAAACGGUGUGUUUUUACGAUCGGUCAGAAAUGCCCACAUCAUUUAAAAAAUCCUACCAUGUGUGGGCACCUUUACACCGAAUCAAGCACUUAUUUUGUAGUGAUUUUGUUGAAAAUAAUUUUUAACAAAAAAAUAAAAAAUAUAUAAACUUCUUGCUUGAGCUGGAGAUUAUUAAAUGUUUUCAAAAUGUAGUUAUACAAAUAAGAGUAUUUUAAAACUGAUGAGUCACUUCACAGAAAUCACUAUAAUAAUGAUAAUAAUAAUAAUAAUAAUUAUUAUUAUUAUUAUCUACUGUAGAGCAAAAUGACCUCAUACCAUUGAUUUUAAAAAGCUUUUUUCAAAAACUGUAAAAAAACUAUUUGUACAAAGGCCCAGUGUUAAAGGUCUGUAUAAUCAUCCGUAAAUUGACUUGCCGAUAAAACUAUUUGCUCAAACUUAUGAUCCAAAAAAGUGAACUAAGAGCCUAAUUCAAGGUUGAUUGCAAAAUAACAUUUUUCUUUAAUAGGCAAAAC